CGAACGAAAGUCGGAAAGAGGAAAAAAACGCUAACCACGACUCCGUCUCUUCCCCCAAACAAAAACCAGGUGAAAAAAAGAAAGCCGCGUUCCCCACUCGCCGCCGCGCCACCCCGCGACGCCGCUGCCGCCGCGGAUUCCUUCGGCGCCGCCACCGCCGCGGUAAGAGAUGGACAGAUUUGUGCGAGUUUACAGUGGCGGGGAGCUGGUGAAGGGUCCAAACGGGGUGGAGUUUGGCAACCUCGCCGAGGAGGGUUUAUGGUUCAAGGCGAAGCCUGCAUUCGAUGAACUGAUUGAUGCCGUGUACAAGAAGCUCGGGUGGGUGCCUACGAUGCUCAGCAUUCGUGCGCAGGGAAGGUUGAACGUUGGUGGUGGUGCUCAUCGGCACUUCAUCAUGGUGCCUAUCGAUGAUGACAUGUCAUGGAGUAGCUAUGUGAAAGCUGUUUUCAAUGGGACUGAGUGGAACUGCCUAGAGAUUUUUGUUCAAGCAGAAAUUUGUUCCUUGACAGAGGGCAUAUCCUCAGAGAGAGCACUAAUGGCUAUCAAACCGCUUUAUGCACAACGUCAAAAUGGCCAACCGCAGAAUCCAGAACAGGACAUGUCGUUUGUUAUCCCUUCAACGGUGAAUGUUAGUCCACUAAAUGGACAUCCUCAGAACACACGGCAACGAAAACCAAGAAAGAGCACCAGGACCUUCUCUGAUGAUGGUUGUCCAGAUCAGAAUGGAGCUUCAGAAGCAGUUGAUACCACUUCCUAUGAUUUAAUUGGGCAGUAUGAUGCUGAUCAUCGGGCUCGUGCUUUAGCAUCAGGCCAGCAUUUGACUGAGCUCAACCCUCGUACCCGUGAACCUCUUCGCUUUGACAGGAGGUAUGAGCGUUACCUUAGGCCCGCUGGCCUGAUGGGACUGGCAAACAUUUGUAGGGCUGGUCUGCCCUCCAUUGAUCGGGCACUCGUCUCUGCACUAGUUGAUAGGUGGAGACCUGAAACUCACACUUUUCACAUGCCUUGUGGUGAGAUCACAAUCACACUACAGGAUGUUGCAAUGAUUCUUGGAUUGCCAAUCGCUGGCCAUGCUGUCACUGUAAACCCAACAGAGCCCCAGAAUGAAUUGGUUGAGCGAUACCUUGGGAAGGCUCCUCCGCCGGAUAGGCCACGUCCUGGAUUGAGGGUUUCAUGGGUCAGAGCUGAGUUCAACAAUUGUCCAGAAGAUGCUGACGAGGAGACCAUCAAGCAGCAUGCCAGGGCAUACAUCCUUAGCCUGAUUAGUGGUCUGCUGUUUCCUGAUGCCUCUGGUGAUUUGUAUACCUUCUAUCCCUUUCCACUGAUUGCUGAUCUUGAGAAUAUUGGUUCAUACAGUUGGGGUUCCGCUACUCUGGCAUAUCUCUACAGGGCAAUGUGUGAUGCUUGCAGGAGGCAGUCAGAUGGAAGUAAUCUGACUGGUUGUCUUUUGCUCCUUCAAUUUUGGUCAUGGGAGCAUUUUCCAAUUGGCAGGCCAGACCUGGUGAAGCUAAAAUACCCAAAUGUGGAGGAGCUAGAGGAUGAGAGGGAUAGACCCACAGUUGGUUUACGAUGGGUUGUGGGGGUGUGCGCCCGUCGAGCAGCUCCCGCACGUUGCUAUGAGCACUUCACGAAUGAGUUUGACUUGCUAACGGAUGACCAGGUUGUUUGGUGCCCAUAUAGGGAGGAACGGAUGAAGGAACUACAGCUAGCCCCUAUUUGUACCCAGGAUUCUCAUUUGUGGCUAACCCGAGCACCUCUACUUUACUUCUUUAUGGUGGAGAUCUACAUGCCUGAGAGAGUGAUGCGCCAAUUUGGCCUCCAUCAGGUGUGCCCACCUCCAUUGCGGGACACUAGUGCGGAGCUUCACUGGUGCCGUCGUGGAAGGGUUCAUAAUGACUGGGCACAGAAGCACAAGUCUUUUGUGGAUAUGUGGGAAGCAAAGGAGCAAGAUGUUGUCAUGGAAGACCGGCCAUAUGACCACAGCAGUUAUAUGGAUUAUUUGCGGUGGUACAGAAGAUCAACACGUAUUCGCCUGUGCACACCGAAGAGGAUAAGUAAUGGUCACAAGGGUGGGGCAUCUGGUGGGAGUGCAAUUUCUGAUUCUGAAGAUCCUUUUCGUGCUUCUCAGCUUCGUUACACCCCCAGGGCUCAUUUGAUCCACUCAGUGACCGACAAACUCACUGUCCUUGCGAAGGAGGCAGCUUCUCAAAAAAGUUGCUCUAGAGGCAAAUGCCGUGCUUUUGUUGACCAAGUCACCAGAACAUGUGUAGAAGUUAUUGGGGAACUUGGUGGAUCAUCACUUUGCGACAUUGUGGAUCUGGUUCCAUGCUCAUCGACUGCUGCAACAACUGCAGCUGAACCAGAGGCAGAGCAACAGAGGGAUAAAGAGGAAGAUAUACAUCAUUCCAUGGCGCCUGAUCAGGAAACUGAGUCUGGCCUCGGUUCUGAGAAGCGAUCUCGAUCACGGACUCGCCGCACACAGGCAGACAGGACAGUUCAAACAAGAUCAACCGGAAAGAGGAAGAGGGGCAGAUCAGGUUCGAGAUGAGAAUUGCACGCCCCGCGGUUUAUGUACCAUAAGAAGCUGUGGGAUGAAGGAACGGCAUGGUGCUCAAACCAGCUUAUCAUUUCAUGACCCUCCACAGUUGAAGACGAACACCAUUGAAGACAAAUUUGUUCUUCUAGACAGUUGUAGGAUGACAUUAGGAAAUUUAUGCUUGCAUGCUAUACAGUAAUUAUUUCAGCCAUUUUGCUGUCGAUGGUAAUGCAAAGCCACUCCCAGACAUGGUCAAAUUCUGAACUAUGGUCACUCCCAGACAUGGGUGAUGUUUGUUCCUGGUGUAAAUGAGCUUUGUUCAGAUGGCAUUUGAGCUUUGUUCAGCGAGCAGCCUUUGGUUUAAUAUACACGAUUCAGCAUUUCAGCUAAGGUGAUUGUCAGUUUUAGCUGAAUCAUCAUGUAUGGUUAAAACUAUCAUCAUUCAUUCAUUCCUGAUCCAUUCAGUUACCAAUGGAGAGCAGGAGUGGAAACGGAGUUUUGUUCUGUUA